AACCUCCUUUCUUUAAUUUGUUAGAUCUAUUUGGAAUGAUGUUUUGAACUUUAGGUCUUUGUCAUAGUUGAGUGACCUUUUUAGCUGGAUCUUUGGGUAGUCUGGUGUGAAUCACAAUUUUGGCUGUAUGAUACAUGGCAUUGUUGAUUUUUAGUUAGCUUGGGCUUCUGAACUUUGAAACUAGAUAUGUCACCGUUUUACUUGACCUGGGUGAAAUUUUACGCUCAUAGAUGCUCUCUCAAUGUUAGUGUUAUAUAGAAUAUUGUUCUGAUAUUAAAUGAAAUAGCCCCCCAACCCAACCGCCAUAUUAAAUAUAUAAAUAUAUGGAUGGUAUGAUGGCUACUGAGUUUGCGGAUAAACAUCGCCGUGACUGCUGCAUUAUCCAGUGAGCUGAAUCAUCCAUUUAUUUAUACCUAGCUUCAGUUCAUUGGUGUUUUUAUGAUGAAACAUGACCCUGCAUACUAUGUCCUCAAAGAAGAUGAAUCUCCUUGCAUUUUUGGCUCAAUUGAGAAGCAAAGGUUGUCCUAUGCAUGUGCAAAGCAACUCAUUGAAAAGGCUGAUUUAUGGUGCGCAUCCAUAUUUGGUCCUUCUAUGGAAUUUUUUGUAUUAUGUUGUUAUGUGCUUUCCUUACUUUUGCACUGAUUACAGCCGAGGGUGUGGAAAAUGCUCUUGAGUUCACUAUUGUGAGACCCUUUAACUGGAUUGGUCCAAGGAUGAAUUUCAUUCCUGGCAUUGAUGGUCCAAGUGAGGGUGUUCCAAGAGUCCUAGCAUGCUUCAGUAAUAAUCUCCUGUGUGGUGAACCAUUCAAGCUUGUGGAUGGCGGACAGUCCCAGAGAACCUUUGUUUAUAUCAAGGAUGCAAUUGAAGUUGUUCUUUUGAUGCUGGUCGGGGUAUAGUUCACUAAGAAAUGCCUGCAGGGGAUGGGGGUCAGCAAGGGAUUGCAGCUUUGGAUCAAUUUGUCAUCUGAGAACAAAAUGAUUGAGCCCAGAUACCAAGAGUUGCUCAAGGAAGAUAUCAAGAGAGCAGAAACAGAUGGUGUGGAGGUCAUAAUCAUAGCAGGAGAAAGCAUGGGUGUCAAUUCUCCAGCAUUCAUCAGGACUCCAGCAAUGUACCUUGAUUUCACCCUGAAACCUGGAGCUGAGUGGCAUCAAAGCAUCCUAGAUUCAUGGAAUGGCUUUGUAUGUAUGAUUGAAGGAGAGGGUGUGUUUGGAUCCUCAGAUGCAUCAGUAGCAAAGGCUCAUAACCUCUUGGUCUUGGGUUCAGGGGAUGGGCUUAAAGUGUGGAACAAGUCAAGCCAGCCACUCAGAUUUGCUUCGAUUAGAGGGCAGCCUCUGAAUGAAGCCAUUGCUCAAUAUGGACCCUUUGUGAUUAACACUAAAGCUUACAUCCAGAAGACCUUUGAGGGCUAUCACUUCCAUAAGAAAAUGGCUUUGAAAAUGCUAGGAGAUCUGAACCCGUCUCAAGGUGAAAAAGAAAAACAAGAAGCAUGCCAGAACAAUUUGAAUUUGAGCUUGUGCAUAUACGAUUCAAAAGCAGGAAAAUGUACUCAUUGAAAUUCAUAUUUAAAUUUUAGUAUUUUGGUUUCAAUUGAGGUCGACAGUAAGUAGAUUCCUCAAAUGGAUUGUCACUUUUCUCUCUUGUUACACUGAGAAUAAGGUCUUUGCAAUUUGAAGCAUCUCCAAUUCCAUCCCUGAUGUGGCAACAUAAAGCCUUGAACCGGGAUGUUAUUGACAUUUUUGUUA